ACCGGUUUGGUCAGUCAGAGUAGCGGCUGUUUGUCAAGCGUGCGGCCACGUUUUCAUGCUGUCCAGCAGGGGUCUUUUCUUGGCGAAUUCCAGAAGUUAGUCUGGGUAAUGGGUAGCCAGAGAGACAAACAUUUUACUGUGUGGGCAAUGGUUUUCCCCAGCCGUGCAGGGGGCUUUUAAGAAGCUAUCUGGGCCAUAUCAGGCAGUACUCUCAGCGUUUCAGUAGGUGCUCGACGUGGGAAUCAGAACACGUGAGACAGCUCUGUACAUGGGUGUUCCACGUGGUGGACUCGACAAUUAUUUGGUGGGCCUAGUGUUGGCAUUGGUUUGAAGUCGGCAUUGUCCAGUUUCGUUGUCCAGCGAGAGACCUGUGAGUCCGGGACUGGAAGCAGAGGAGCUGUUAGCGCUGUGUUGUGUAUGGAGGCCUGGUGGUGCCAAAUGUGACGUGGCGUUAGAUAGAAUUGUGCUGAGUAGCCAAACUUUCAUAUUGAGUUUCAGUAAAUUAACAUUUUAUCAAAAAGGAAUUUGAGAAAUUUUGUAUUUACAAAACGUAAUUUACUACUGUUUAACUUGUUCUGUAGUUAGCGGAAUUUGCUACUAUUGAACCAUUUUGUAAUACAUUUAUUACCAGUUACAUUUUCAGCCUGGAAUGACAUAAUUGUUGUAUUGACUAUUGAAUUGUCUUGACAGUUAUACGUUAUAUUGAUUGUCAAUAUUGCCAGGUUUAUUAUACCAAUUUAUAUUUUCUUUCUCGGUGAGAGAGUAUGGGUGUGUGUACUAUGUGAAAGUGUGAUUUCUUUGUGUUUUUCAAAUAUCUUUAUAUUUCUUAUCUUAUUGUUAAAUAAAUUUUCUUUUUAUUUAUUCUACGAUUUAUCAUUUUCUCUAUUGCCUACACAAAAUCCAAAAGAACUUCAUUACAUAUAUCCAUGGUUUAAAAUGUGUUUGACGCAGGAUAAAAUUUCCUAUACUUGUAUGUAAUUUUAUUUUCAUUUUAUUAUAUUUUUUAUCAAUAUCAUUUCAUUUUCCUAUUUUUUUUUAAUCCUUUGAAUAUAAUUUACUUGGGGGCCUAUUGAUGGAAACUUGACUCACUUGAGCAGAUCAAUACAUGGCAUUUAAAAUUCUAUAAAAUGUAGAUCUUUUUAUGUUUGUUCUAAUAUCAUUUUUUCCCAACUUUAACUGAGUUACAUGAAGUCAAUAAAAAUUAUUCCAUCAAUUGGUUACACUAGACAUCGGGCUCAAAAUUUCUAUUACUUUUGUUGACAAAACAUGCAUGAGUUACUGCAGACGAUAAGGCUAUGUUUAAAAGCAUGAGGAAAUAAUGAAUAAACAUUUCUUUCCAGGGUAGGAUUAAUUUUAAAUUUACCUCCACAGAGAAAAUAGUUCUUAAAAAAUCAGACGUAAAUCGCAAUCGUAAGUGUUACGACUACGAUAGGUUUCGUGAAACGCUCGUAAACGUGUGCGUCAAAGUGAUCACAAACUUAAUCGUACUUUUAUGAUCUACGAUCGGUUAGUGAAACGGCCGCCAGGGGUCUUUAUUGGCCUUACUCUUAAUUUUGCGUUCUUUAUAGGAAUCAUAAGGUCGAAAACAGGAAAAUUUACCCAGACCUCAACGAAAAUAGAAUAAUUCUCAAUUUGAUUAUUCUUGACCUUGCAGGUCGUUACUUACUCCUCCUAGGCACCUGAUCCCACCUCUGGUGUAUCUAGGGGUCCGUGUUUGCCCAACUCUCUAUUUUGUAUUGCUUAUAGGAGUCAUGGGAUUGAUCACAGUUCGUUAUCUUCACCUUUCUAAAUACCGAGAGUUUGGUCAGGGAAUAACCACUACCUAGGUUUACGUCUUUGGUUUGACCUUGCACUAGCGGGGCUCCAACUCACGACCUUCGGUUACGAAGUGAGCGGUCUAUCAUGGAUAUAUCGUGACCGGUACACGUGAAGCUCAAAUGGUAUGAGGUGGAGACUGUAUGGGGGCCAAGGUAAUGUGUCGACAUUGUUCUAGUGAAGAUUGCAUGUCACAUCAUAUGACACCAGAUAUAGCCUGAUUGAAAAAUGCAUGUAAGUUCACAAUACUAAAAAGUGAUUAGUUAUCAUUACAAUUAUAUGCUUAUAUGCAACUUUAAAAAUGUAUUACUUACCGUUUAAUGUUUCAUAUCCAUUUCUAGGCCGUCCUUUAUAUACUGAUAUUAACUAUAGCUUACUCCGUUUGCUUGAUCUGGAUAUAGAACUCAUGACGGAAGUGACAGGUCAACAGGUGAUGCCUAUUCAUCUAAGACACCUGAUACCACAUCUGGCGUGUCCAGGGGUUCAUGUUUGCCUUAAUUCAAAUUUUGUAGUUUUAUAGGUCGUUAUUUUGAAUUUUUUUCAAAUGUGUGAGGAAAGUGAUUAAUUGCAAUGAAUUACCAUUACAUGGUUAGUAAACCCAAUGCUAAUGUUGCCAAAAAAUUGCUCAUUUUAAGUGAAAAACGAUGAUGAAAAAGACAUCUUUUAGGCAGUUGAUCUUCUCGUCACAAUAUAAAAAAAAUAACAUAACGUUAGAAUAAGAUAGAUCUCACGAACCAGUACUGAGGAAAAGGGACUACUAUAACCUGAAUUACUUUAUUUUGGUCAGUUCCAGGAUCAAAGUUUGUCUCAUAAUAUCACUUUUUGGAUUUCUGUGAAUACGAAAUGUGUAAAAUACUGUGCAAGGAACAUGUCAUUUCUCCGUACAUGUAUAUAGUGGUAUGCAUCAUGUGACUGAUACAAUACACUAUCAUAUGUCUUAAGACCAACGGAAAAGAGAAACUGAAAACAGUUUCAGGUUUACUUUACUGUGGUACAAUAACAUGGAUAUAAUUUGGGAUAUACAUAUACAUUUAUUUUUGUGGAUUUUUUUUCUAAUUUUCAUGAUGAACUGAAAUUGAACAGGAAACUUCAAUUCUACACGUGUAUUAUCAUGCGUAUUCCCUUGUUUGGGAGAGUACUUUCUUUUAGAUCGUGCUAGUUGCAUCAAUGGCAGCCAUACUUCUUCCACAGGAUCAUCUGUUCUCUGUGUACAAGUACUUAUGUGGUGCUGCCCUCAUGUUCAUGAUGCACUUCUACACCCACGACUUGAUCGACAAAAGCACAAACCACCCAUACAACAACGACACCAAAAUAGUUCUCUAUUUCAUUAUUUUUGGUCUUGCAGAGCUGUUAGCUCUUUAUCUAUUUAAAGAGAAGACAUGGAAAAAGUAUUUUUUAAUGGCGUACCACUUACCACUAAUCACGAGGUUUCUUGAACUCCCUGCUACAGUCACUGGAUGUUCGUUUCACCUGGCAGAUGGACUUGUGUGUUCUUACUUUAUAUACCUAGCCAUAAACAUGUUCAUCACCGCUGUUGACAAAAUGAAGAAACGGGUUACUAUAUGGACCUAUUUAGUCAACAUUUUUGGCUUCUUCCCUGUUAUAAAAUCAAUUGCCGAUUCUAUUCACCUUACACAACAGCUUUUGUUGUUUUAUUUUGUCUCGUUUGCCUACAAAUUGUAUUACUAUACCGCACAGACAUCCGAUGUAAACUUGGUACCCUUAUCUAAGUUGGAUUGCACAACGUUUAUGUUUGUGAUAGCUGGACAAUGUUGCAAGACUUAUGUAGGACUCGUUUCGAUGUGUGUCGCCACUUCGUAUUUGUCCCAUUAUCUUUCUCGGCUGGUUAACCUUUACCUUUAUGGAUGGAAAAGCACAGGCAUUGUCAGUGAUAUUUCAGGUGUUAUGCUUGGUGUUUUUGUCUUUGUGCUUUCUGUAUCUGCAGGGAUCCUUGGGCCAUCAAAUUCUUUGAAUGAGUUUUUGCUAAAAGGCGCCGUGUUUAAAAUUCUAUUGAUGUACUUGGCAUCAUUUUUUAUCGGUUGCACGUAUGAAAUGGUCGAUCCAGCAAUUCUAACAUUUAGUGCAAUGCCAACAUCAAAACCAUUGAAGCACUGCCGAGGGCUCACGUUGUAUAUGUUUUUCCUGGUAUUUACAAUCUAUAUGAUAUAUAAACUUCAACAAUACGAUGAUAUAUCUUUAUCUAUUCCAUUGAUUAUCAUUGGUUUUUCCACUUGUCUCCAGGUAAUGGCUUCCAUUGUGAUUUAUUUAUUGUUUGUGUAUGAUGGCGUUUGCUCGCACUCUAUGGAGAACUUAGAUGACAUAAUCUUUUAUAUACGAUCCAUAGUGCGGUUUCUGGAUUUUGUAGGAUCUGUCAUUUUGGCUUGCAGAGGAAUAUGGUUUAUUAAAAAUGGUGCAUUUAGCUGGAUCCAAAUUCCAUUUUUUAUCGUGCAUUGCUAUGGAAACGUGUGGGAAAGAUUGAAAAGUGGAUCGAGAAUUGUUGUGCUAAGAAGAGACGCAGUUAAGAAGUUGAAUGCUUUAGAAACUGCAACAAAUGAACAAAUUCGGAACUGCGACGAUGUGUGCUCUAUAUGUAUUCGGCAAAUGUCGUCUGCUAAAAUCACCCCCUGUGGACAUCUCUUUCAUGAGACGUGUCUAAAGAAAUGGAUAUGCGUGAGAGAUUCAUGUCCUCUCUGUCUCCGCAAACUAUACAGCUUAAGCCCCGAUACAACACAGCAAGAGUGACGGAAGUUCCAUCCUUGUCAACAACAACAACAACAAAAACUUUUGUGUUUUUAUUACGUUUACAUGAUUUGAGGAGAUCAUAUUACUUUAUCAGCUCUUCAAGAAAAUGCCUUGGUGAGAAAAACUGGAAGCUAAUCAUCAUAAAGAGGCUACGAGAUGAGAUACAGAUUUGAAAUAUGCCAUGGUGAACUAUAACAUAAAAAGAUUCGGACUGGACCGAGUAGGAAAAUAAUCAACUCUAUCUUUUGAUCACGAAAGCACAUUUUAAGCGCAUUUUAUUAGUCAAUCAAAGAAUAACAUUGCAAAAUCUGAAUCAGGUCAAAUAAUUCAUUCCGCUAUAACAAAACAUAUAUUAUAUAGGAUACGAGAUGAAACGUUAUAAUUUAUUUCACAAAUUCAUGUGUAUAUAAAUUCCUCUUUACAAUCCUUGUCAGCGUUGUAAUCACAGAAAAAUUCAUUUAUGAUUAUUUUAAUGCACAUAGAGGUAGUGAUGAUUGUGAUGUACCUGUAACUCUCCUGUUAGGUAGACUCACCUCUGUUUUUAUGUAAUAGCUAGAUAAUUUCUAUCAGCAAUUCCACUGGGAAAAUAUCACCGUCAUUAAACAGUUUAUUAUUAUACAGAUAUCAGUGUGAAAAUAAAUCAGGAAGUAUUGCCAUCAAAUACCUAGUCAAAGCCUUCAAUAUUUUAAAAGAAUAUAUUGAUGAAUUGCAUUAUCAAAUUGUAUUUGUAACAUUAUGGAUUGUAUGAUAACUGUGAAAUGAAUAAUGAAGUAAAACACCAAAAUCAC